AUGAGUCUGGUGGCUUUUGAAUCGGCGCUGGCUGCUAAGAUACAACAUGCCAAAGUUGGCGACAGCACGUCCUCGAACAAGCACAAUCCUUCUCCAAGCAAAAGGUCACCGCUUCCGCCACGUCGUUCUCCCCCACCACCUCCACGCUUAUCACAUCGUCGUGGACCACCUACUCCGAAACCACGACCACCCCAUCGUGGAGGAUAAGGAGAGACUCAUUGAGAACCUUCCCGUGAUUUUCUUAAAUGAUUGCACUGUGAAUGCAGAAUUUUCUCAUUCAAAUAGAUUCCACACAUAUAAGAAGAAUAA